AUGUCAGGCGUUGAUUCUCAAAUCGGCGAAGCAUCAUCAUCUGCAGGGCCAUCAACAUCAGCCCCAGCAAAUUCUUCUUCGAGUUCGUAUAUGAAUCGUUUCAAAAAACUACAUGCUCAAAGACUGGAGUCGCGGAAGUUAAACCAUGAAAGUGUUGUUGAAGAAGAUCGUCGGCUUAAAUUACCUCAGAAUUAUGAAGUAAAACGAAAGCGACAGGAGUGGGAACUGGAAGAGUUAGAAGCUAGAAAGAAGGCUGAAGAGGCUGGUGAAGACUAUGAACGACUUAAAGCUUUAGAAACGCAAGCUGACAUUGCUGAUCGGAAAGAGUAUAUAAAGAGGAAAAAAAAGAACCCUGACAAAGGGUUUAGCGACUAUGAAGCCAUGACAUUACGACAGUAUGAAAGGCUUUCGGGAAACAUAAAGCCUGACAUGAAGUCUUAUGAAGAAAUGAGACAAGUCGUACAAAAGAAGCGUGAACAGUACCAUCGUCGAAGAAUGUUCGACCCAGAUGCUCCCAUCGAUUACAUUAAUGAAAGGAACAGGAAAUUCAAUCAGAAACUGGACAGAUUUUACAGCAAAUAUACAGAGGAUCUCAAAGGGGAUCUGGAAAGAGGAACUGCCAUUUGA